CUGCAACCAGAAAGAAUUGCUUGAUCGCUUCUUCCUUCUAAGUCCCGCCCUUUCGACUACCCCCAAUGGAGACUAAGCUGUUACUGAAAAGGAGCCGACAAAAGCGUCAACGUGGAGUCGAGAGGAGCGGAAGUAGUCAGAUUUCGCUGAGGGCCGUAAAGCGGAUAGUGUUUUCGCCUUCCGGAUUAACGACAGCAGCUCCGACUGUCAGUGCAGGCCUUCCUCGUGCCGGACCCUUCCUAAUUCAAUUUCCUUCCCAUUCCGGGCCCUUCCCUAUCGUCGCCCCUUUCACCUUGGAUCAUGUUCAAGAAAUUUGAUAGACGCAAAAGGAAAAAAGGGGAACAUGGGCAAAGGAAGAUUUGAUGAAAAAGAAAAUGUGUCCAACUGCAUCCAGUUGAAAACCUCGGUUAUUAAGGGUAUUAAAAAUCAAUUGCUAGAGCAAUUUCCAGGUAUUGAACCAUGGCUUAAUCAAAUCAUGCCUAAGAAAGAUCCUGUGAAAAUUGUCCGAUGCCAUGAACACAUAGAAAUCCUUACAGUAAAUGGAGAAUUACUGUUUUUUAGACAAAGAGAAGGGCCUUUUUAUCCAACUUUAAGAUUACUUCAUAAAUAUCCUUUUAUCUUGCCACAUCAGCAGGUUGAUAAAGGAGCCAUCAAAUUUGUACUCAGUGGAGCAAAUAUCAUGUGUCCUGGCUUAACUUCUCCUGGAGCUAAGCUUUAUCCUGCCGCAGUAGAUACUAUUGUUGCAAUCAUGGCAGAAGGAAAACAACAUGCUUUAUGUGUGGGCGUCAUGAAGAUGUCUGCAGAAGAUAUUGAGAAAGUAAACAAAGGAAUUGGCAUUGAAAAUAUCCAUUAUCUAAACGAUGGUCUGUGGCAUAUGAAGACAUAUAAAUGAGCCUCAAAAGGAGUAUGUGUGGGCUAACUAUGGAUACUGUGCUGUAUCUGUGUCUGUGUCACAGCAUGAAGACAAAAGCCUCAAUGUUUAUGCUGAAUAAAAAUUCUGCGAAUGCUAAAUUUCUGUUAGUUUCAGAAAUUAUUUUAACUUUUCUUAAACACCACAAUGGGGUAGCAAACUUGACUACUAAAAGAUAUAUGGUAAAUAACUCA